UGUGUGGGUGGUUAAGGGGAAGUAAAUUAGAGCAGUUAAAAGGGAAUUUAGUUUUCACACUUCUAUUAAUCCAUUUCUUUUAAUUUCCAGUCUAUUAUCCUCCCAGUCUACAAUGCUGAACUGUGGUUGGAUGAGUGUUUGAAGUCUGUUUUGCAACAGGACUUUGAAGGCACCGUGGAGCUCUCUAUUUUUAAUGAUGCUAGUAAGGACAAGUCUGGGACUAUCAUUGAAAAAUGGAAAGAGAAGCUAGAAGUUUCUGGUAUCCUUGUGGUCAUUGGAGGCCAUGAUUCUCCUUCUCCCCGAGGAGUUGGGUAUUCUAAAAAUCAAGCAAUAGCACAGAGCUCAGGGUCUUACCUUUGCUUUUUGGACUCGGACGAUGUGAUGAUGCCUCAGAGGGUGAGGCUGCAGUAUGAAGCUGCCCUUCAGCACCCGACAAGUAUCAUAGGUUGCCAAGUGAGGAGAGAUCCCCCCAACUCCACCGAACGGUACACACGCUGGAUCAAUGAGCUGACAUCAGAGCAGCUUCUGACACAGGUGUUCACCUCUCAUGGCCCCACGGUGGUCAUGCCUACCUGGUUCUGCUCUCGAGCAUGGUUCUCCCACGUGGGCCCCUUUGAUGAGGGAGGCCAGGGCGUGCCGGAGGACCUGCUUUUCUUCUACCAGCACCUCAGGAAGGGCGGCAGGGUUGUCCGUGUGGACCAGAGCCUCCUCCUCUACCGUUACCACCCACUUGCGGCCACACACUCUGUCCUCGAGACAACUAUCUGGGCACACCGUGUUCACUUCUUGGAAGAGUGGGCCCUGUCCCGCUGGGCAACCUUCACCAUUUGGAACGCAGGCAAGCAGGGGCGCCGGCUGUACCGCAGCCUGACUCCCGCCAGCCAGUGCAAGGUGGUUGCAUUCUGUGAUGUCGAUGAGAACAAGAUUAGGAAGGGCUUCUACUGCUACGAGGACUCUCAGGAAAGGCCCAAGCCCCGCAUCCCCAUCCUGCACUUCCGAGCAGCCCAGCCACCAUUUGUCAUCUGUGUGAAGCUGGACCUCACAGGGGGCGCAUUUGAGGACAACCUGACGUCACUGCACCUGCAGGAGGGCCAGGACUUCCUUCACUUCAGCUGACAGACCCACGCUGCUGUCGGGUAGGUCUGUCCAGUAAAGUCCUGUUUGCAUUUGCUGAGUCUCUUAUGUUUCAUGUGCCCUUCCAUAAAUUCUGCUCUUGCAAUUAUUCUUCUAACUUCUUAUGUGUUAAGCUCAUUAGUUUUCAGCCUCUCUUCUCUAACAAAUAAUUCCAGAUUUCAGAAUUCCUUAAGUACCACUUUAGGUGAUUCCAUCUGUUGUGAUUAACACUGUUUUAUUAACUUUCGUUAAAUAUUUCAUCAUUUCUUUUUAAACCAUGUUUUUAAAAAUGAGUUUGUUGUCAAGUAUUUUAAAAUCUGUAUACACACACACGAGUUCUGCAUUCUAUACACAUCCAGUAGGUUGGGCUUUUAUUUUUCCACCAUGCCUUAACUAAUUUUACAUCAAAUGUAUCACUUUCAAUAGCAUACACUAUGGUGGGGAGGUUGAUUCAUAUCUUCUUGUUUUAAUAUAUUCUGAGACUGCUACAAGAUACAUACAAGUGUAGGAAAGGUCUACAUAUUACUGUUGAAUUGAGUCUUUAUUCAUCACGUAAUAAUCUCUAUCCCUAAUAACAUUGUCUUAAAGUACUAACAUAGGUAUGUCUAUGUUAAUGACCUUGGGCUAGCUUUCUUUGUCAGUAUUUAACUGUCUUUUCUUUGUGCUUUUGUUUUAGGUGUGUCACUUGUAAAUACAGAUAGCUGUAUUUAAUCCAGUUUAAUAAUCUGUCCUUUACUGAGAGAAUUUUGUCAUUUACGUGGAGAUUUUAACCCAUUUGCAUUUCUUGUGUGCUAACUUAUUUCGAAUGUAUUUUUUGCAGCUUUUCCGUGCCAUUCUUAUUCUUGCUCCAGUUCUCCCCUGCUAUCAGUAGAGAAGUUAUGUUCUCCAUGUACUAACUCUUUUUGUGGUCAUACUUUCAGCGUGCAUACUUAGCCAAGUUGAUAACCGAACUAUCUCCAUGCAAUUCCAGGAGAGCACAAGGACUUAAGAUGCUUUAAAUCCAGUCAACUCCACUCCGAAUUUAUAUGCCACUCUUUCCCAUUUUAAGUAUUUCUACAUGUGUAAAAGAAUCCACAUAUAAGCCACUUUUCUUUUCGUUUACAUGGUCACAGUUCAUUGUGUCUUUCCUCAGCAUUCUUCCUUACAUUUGAAACUACCCAAAUGGAAACCAUUUUCCUUCUGCCCAAAGUUUAUCCACUAGAGCAGUGGGGAUGAAUUCACCCCCAGGAGAUAUUUGGUAAUGUCUGGAGAUACUUUUUUGGGGGAGGUUGGUAUCACAAAUGGGUACAGGGAUGGCCACAGGCAUCUGGGAUGUUGCUGAACACCCUACAGUUCACAGGGCAGCCCUCACAACAAAGAAUCUGGCCCCAAAUAUUAAUGGUGCCAAGAUUAAGAAAACAACCAUGUGUUAGAAAGGCAUGUUGUAAUCUGAAUGACUUGUUCUUGAAUGAUAGUUGAACUGAGUAUGUACUUCAAGCAAGUUGAGUUAUUUUCUCUCACACAGUGAAGACCUCAUUCUCCUCUUUUCUCAACUCUAGUGCUGCUAUUGAGAAGCUAGUCAUUCAUGUCGCCGUGUCUUCGUCUUCUAAUAAUUCUGCAGUUUCACUGUGACCUAUCUAGAUGUGAGCUCUUCCCAUUCUGUCUGGGACUGUUGCCUGUCAGCAAGUAUGCCUCAUCAUCUUCUGAGACCCAGGUUACACACAGGUCAGACUCUUCAGUGUCUCUUGAUGUUGCUUUCAUAUUUUCUAGUUGUUUCUAGAUAAUGUCUUCAGAUCUCCCAGUUCUCUCAGCUUCUCUUCUGUUGAGUCUAGUUGACUGGUCCAUUGAACCUUUAAUUUCACUUCUUACAUUUUUCACUCCUACAAUCUCUGGGUUUUUUUCCUAAUCUCUUUUUGAUAAUUUCUAGCCCUUUAUUGUUUUCAUAUUAUUGCCCACAUUCUUCCAGAGAGGUUUUGUAUUUGCCUUGUCUGAGAGCACAACUAGUCAGAGGCCAGUUCAAUCAAAUUUUCCACUUUAGGAAUUUUGGAGGUCCCACAGAAAAUGUAAACUAAAGCUACUCCAGGGGCAAUGUUCCCCCCUGCAACCAACACUAUGUGGAGAACGAGGUAGGAGUGUUGCUGCUAUUCCUUUGAGGAGGACUCAGUUUUCAUUCACCCUUUUGUUGGUUCAUUUGAUGCACUGGUUGCAGCUGUUUACUUAGGGUCCCUAUUUAUGGGAGUCUUCUCUUCUAUUAGAUUUAGCCCUGGGCCUUAUAUCCUGUCACCCAUCCUGCUAUCAAAACUUU